UCUGUCACUCAGGGCCUGAGAGGGUGGGGUUUUACCCGUUAUUCAAUCAGCGACGCUGGGCUGGGAACCGUCCAAUCGCGCACGCAGCUGGAGCGGACCGGAAGGUUUCCGGAAUGUGGCGCGGCCUUUGUUUCCCGCUGCAGGAGCUCCAGGUCUCAUCUUCACUUUUCUGUGUCUUCUGCUCCUAGAGUCCCAGCCUCUGUGGCUCUGCGACCUGCAGCUAUUGGGAGUUCCACAGCUAUGACGCCGGGACCCCCUGGAGCCAUAGAAAUGGCAUGGACGGGAACAAGGAAAACAUGGAACCCAAAGGGAACUGCAGCGAGAGCACAGAUUUUAGGAUACUGAGAGCAAAUGGGGUGGAGGGUGCUGUCCUGAGCGACAGAAGGAAUGGUCUGGUGGUUAAGAUAAAACACAAGUCAAACUUAUUAAAGUUGUCCACAGUCAGCAAUGGUGAUCUUCUUGCUGGUCUUGCCCUUCCUGGACCCAAAGCGCUCCAUGGCCUCCACAAUAUUCAUGCCUCCUUUCACCUUGCCAAGGACCACAUGCUUGCCAUCCAACCACUCAGUCUUGACAGUGCAGAUGAAAAACUGGGAACCGUUUGUGUUGGAUCCAGCAUUUGCCAUGGACAAGAUGCCAGGACGUGUAUGCUUUAGGAUGAAGUUUUCAUCAUCAAAUUUCUCUCCAUAGAUGGACUUGCCUCACCAAUGCCAUUAUGGCGUGUAAAGUCACCACCCUGACACAUAAACCCUGGAAUAAUUCUGUGAAAGCAGGAACCCUUAUAACCAAAUCCUUUCUCUCCAGUGCUCAGAGCAUGAAAAUUUUCUGCUCUGGAAACUUGUCUGCAAACAGCUCGAAGGAUACGCGGCCCAAGGGCUCGCCGUUGACGGCAAUGUUGAAGAACACGGUUGGGGUUGACCAUGGCUGAUACUACAAGGCUCCAGGCGGCGGCGGCGUCUGCAAAAAAGCCCAGCUGAUGCUUUUAAUGGAAAAAAGAAAAUGUGCAGAGUUCUUAUCGAAAAGAGCUUCCAAUUCAAGCCCCACAAGAGGAUUCUUGGAUUUCGCUCAAGAAAAAAUUCAGGAUGAGUCCAUACAGUACAGUUAAAAAAAAAAAAGUACUAUUUAAGAAAGGAAAGAAAGAAAAGAAUGGCUUACUCCAUAGGCAGAGCAGCCCCGAGGGAUGCUGGUUGCACAUUUUUCUCUCUAUGUCUUGAUUAUAUGUUAAACAGGGGGUGGAUUAUUUAUGCCUCCCAAUUUUAGACCACAUAGGGAGACACUGACAUUUAGGGAUGUGGCCAUAGAAUUCUCUCUGGAGGAGUGGCAAUGCCUGAACCCUGCUCAGCAGGAUUUAUAUAGAAAUGUGAUGUUAGAGACCUACAGAAACCUGGUCUUCUUGGCUAUGUGUUCUUAUUUUCCAAAAUACUUUUGGCCAGAGCAACACAUAAAAGGUUCUUUUCAACAAGUGAUACUGGGAAGAUACGGAAAAUGUGGACCUAAGAAUUUACAGUUAAGAAAAGGCUGUGAAAGUGUGGUGGAUGAAUGUAAGGUGCACAAAGAAGGUUAUAAUGAAUUCAACCAGUGUUUCACAACUACCCAGAGCAAAGUAUUUCAGUGUGAUCAAUAUGUGAAAAUCUUUCAUAAAUUUUUAAAUUCAAAUAGACAUAAUAUAAGACAGACUAGAAAGAAGCCUUUCAAAUGUGAAAAAUGUGACAAAUCAUUUUGCAUGCUUUUACACCUAAGUCAACAUCAAAGAGUUCAUACUGGGGAGAAUUUGUACCAAUGUGAAGAACGUGGCAAAGCCUCCAAGUGGUUCUCAACCUUUACUAGAGACAAGAGAAUUCAUAUUGAAGAGAAACCCUUCAAAUGCAAAGAAUGUGGCAAAGCUUUUAAAUUUUCCACAACCCUUAUUACACAUAAAAGAAUUCAUACUGGAGAGAAACCGUACACAUCUGAAGAAUGUGGCAAAGCAUUUAACCAGUCCCCACUACUUACUGCACAUAGGAUAAUUCAUACUGGAGAGAAACCCUACAAAUGUGAAGAAUGUGGCAAGGGCUUUAACUGGCCCUCAACCCUUACUAAUCAUAAAAGAAUUCAUACUGGAGAGAAACCCUACAAAUGUGAACAAUGUGGCAAGGGCUUUAACUGGUCCUCAGCCCUUACUAAUCAUGAAAGAAUUCAUACUGGAGAGAAACCCUACCAAUGUGAAGACUGUGGCAAAACUUUUAAUCAGUCCUCAAUCCUUACUACACAUAAGAAAAUUCACACUCCAAGGAAACCCUACAAAUGUGAAGACUGUGGCAAAGCUUUUAAUCGGUCCUCAUACCUUUCUAUACAUAAAAGAAUUCAUACUGGAGAGAAACCUUACAAAUGUGAAGAAUGUGGCAAAGCUUUUAUGCAGUCCUCAAACCUUACUACACAUAAAAGAAUUCAUACUGGUGAGAAACCCUACAAUUGUGAAGAAUGUGGCAAAGCUUUUAAUGUGUCCUCAACCCUUACUAAACAUAAGAUAAUUCAUACUGGAGAGAAACCUUACAAAUGUGAAGAAUGUGGCAAAGCCUUUAACCAAUCCUCAACUCUUACUAAACAUAGGAGAAUUCAUACUGGAAAGAAACCUUACAACUAUGAAGAAUGUGGCACUGCUUUUAAUCCUUGAACCUUAUUAAACAAAUAAUUCAAACUGUAGAGAAACUGCAAAUGUGAAGAAUGUGGCAAAGCUUUUAACCAUUUCUCAGAUCUUACUAAGUAUUAAAUUGAUACUGUACAGAAAUCCUACAAGUGUGAAAAACAUGGCAAAGCCUUUAAUAAGCCCUGAAUUCUUAAAAGACAUAAAAUAAUUUAUACUGGAAAGAAACUCUACAAACCAGAAAUACUUGACAAUGCUUUUGACAACACCUCAAACUUUUCUUUUUUUUUUUUUUUUUUUUGAGAUGGAGUUUCGCUCUUGUUACCCAGGCUGGAGUGCAAUGACACGAUCUCGGCUCACCGCAACCUCCGCCUCCUGGGUUCAAGCAGUUCUCCUGCCUUAGCCUCCUGAGUAGCUGGGAUUACAGGCACACGCCACCAUGCCCAGCUAAUUUUUGUAUUUUUAGUAGAGACGGGGUUUCACCAUGUUGACCAGGAUGGUCUAGAUCUCUUGACCUCAUGAUCCACCCACCUCGGCCUCCCAAAGUGCUGGGAUUACAGGCUUGAGCCACCGUGCUCGGCCCCUCCUCAAACUUUUCUAACCAUAAAAGAAAUUAUCGUGGUGAGAAAUCCUAGAAAUCUGAAGAAAGAGACAAGGCCUUUAAAUGCUUGUCACACUUAAUUUAGGUAAGAUAAUUUAUACUAGCCGAGCGCGGUGGCUCACGCCUAUAAUCCGAGCACUUUGGGAGGCGGAGGCGGGUGGGUCACUAGGUCAAGAGAUCGAGACCAUCCUGGUCAACAUGGUGAAACCCCGUCUCCACUAAAAAUACAAAAAUUAGCUGGGCAUGGUGGUGCACACCUGUAGUCCCAGCUACUCAGGAAGCUGAGGCAGGAGAAUUGCGUCAACCCAGGAGGCGGAGGUUGCGGUGAGCCGAGAUCACGGCAUUGCAUUCCAGUCUGGAUGACAACAGCGAACUCCGUCUCAAAAAAACAACACAAACAAAAAAAAAACAAGGAUAAUUUAUACUAUAAAAAAGGCCUACACGUUUGAACAAUGUGGCAAAACUUGUAACCAAUGCUCACACCUUAUUGUACAAGAAAGCGUUUAUACUUGAGAUAAAUUAUAUAAAGACUGAAAAAUCCAUUUUCAUAUCUUACUCAUGUCUUAUUUCCUCACAUCUUAACGCCAGAGAAUUCGUACUUAAUAAAAGGAUUAUAAGUGCAAUUUCUGUCAAGAUUUUUCAGAAAAUACAAGCUUUCAUAGUGAAGAGUAUUUAUUUUGAAGAUGAACAUUACAAAUAUAAAGAGAGUUAUACCUCUUUACUGGUAUCAUAGAUUUUAUUAUAGACAUUUUGUUCUAGAGAAAAACUCUGAGAUAGUUGCUCAAACUUUGUUCUGCAUCAGGGGAUUUAUAUUGAAGAAAAGAUGUGCAGAUGUAAUAGAUUUGGAAAAACACUUUUUCAAAACCUACAUCUUAGAAAAUAACAGUUUAUACUAGAAGAUAUUUAUGCAGUUGCAGUAUAAGUUAAAUUAAUACAUAAUUAAGUCUAUGCAAAUAUCAGAGUAUUUAUGGUAGAAAUAUAUAAGGUACUGACACAUCAGACAUCCUAAAUCAGAGUAUAGAAAAUCUAAAACUAAAGUUGGUAGAAAAAUUUUUUGUAUAAAACUUUAAGAGAAUCAGAACGUUUUUUGGCAGUUAUUACAUUCAAAGUAUAUUUCUUAAAAAAAUUACAGAUUUUUUGAGAAGUGAAUAAUAAUGUCAUUCAAUCCUGAAAUUAUUCUGUUUAUUCAUUUCUGUUGGACUCACACAUGAAAGCAUGGAUCAAUUGUUGCUGCAUCAAAGAUAGGAGACAUUCUUUUUUGUUUUUGUUUGUUUUUUUCUUAUGAGGGAGUUUUGCUCAUUCUCCCAGGCUGGAGUGCAGUGACGCAAUCUUGGUUCACUGCAUCCUCUGCCUCUGUGUUCAAGCAAUUGUCUUGCCUCAGACUCUGAGUUGCUGGGAUCACAGAUGUACACCAUGGCACCCAGCUAUGUUUUGUAUUUUAAGUAGAGAUGGGGUUUCACUAUGUUGGACAGACUGAUCUUGAACUCCUGACCUCGUGAUCCAUCCACCUCAGCUUCCCAAAGUGCUGGAAUUACAGGUGUGAGCCACUGCAUCUGGCUUUUUUUUUUAAGACAGAGUUGCUGGAGUGCAGUGGCACGACUCAGCUCACUGCAACCUCCACCUCCUGGAUUCAGGCAAUUUUCCUGUCUCAGUCUCCCAAUUAACUGGGAUUACAGGCACCUGCCACCACACCCAACUAAUUUUUGUAUUUUUAAGAGAUGUGGUUUUAUCAUGUUGGACAAGCUGGUCUCAAACUCCUGACCUUGUAAUCCACCCACCUGGGCCUCUAGACAAAUUCUUUUUUAUUAGGUGGGCAUUAUUUAUGAUCUUUUCUAUAUGAAAGUAAAGACAUUAAAAUGUAAAAUGCAGGAUGAAAAUCUGAGUGGAGAGGCUCUUAAAAGUUAACAUAAUAUUGAGUAAUGCAUGACGGAGAUGUUCAGAGUAAUAUUGUGCAUUGUCAUAUGAAGACAACAUGUUUAAAAUUAAAUUAGUAUAUUAACUACUUUUAUAUAAUGAAAUGCAGUACAUUAAAAAAUUUUAAAUAAAGUUAAUGCUUUAAUUCAAAAUUUUUACAUGUUAAACACUAUUGUGCAUUCAAUGAAGCGUUAUUAUGCCACAAACUUUAACCUCUUCCACCUUAUCCAAGGGCAUUUCUAAAAGAUCGUAACAAUAUACAUAACGGAUUACCGUCCCUAGUAAUUUUUUUUGCCAGUGGCUUUCAACUGCAAAUAAGUUAAAGAAUAUUAUUUCUGUAGGUUAAAUUUUUUUUUUUUUAAGAUGGGAUUGCUGGGUGCAGUGGCUCACGCCUGUAGUUUCAGCACUUUUGGAGGCUGAUGCGCGUGGAUCACGAGGUCAAGAGAUCGAGACCAUCCUGAUCAACAUGGUGAAACCCCGUCUGUACUAAAAAUACAAAAAAUUAGCUGGGCUGGUGGCGCAGCCUGUAGUCCCAGCUACUCAGGAGGCUGAGGCAGGAGAAUUGCCUGAACCCAGGAGGCGGAGGUUGCGGUGAGCCAAGAUUGCGCCAUUGCACUUCAGCCUGGGUAAUGAGCGAAACUCCGUUUCAAAAAAAAAAAAAAAAAGACGGGGUUUCACCAUGUUGGUCAAGCUGGUCUUGAACUCCCGACCUCAGGUGAUUUGCCUGACUUGGCCUCCAAAGUGCUUGGAUUACAGGCAUGAGCUACCACUCUUGGCCAGGUUAAAUUUUUCUUCUGUUUUUAAUCAUUUAAAUUUACUUUCAAAAAUCCAAAUACAUUAUUAUGAAUUGUAGUCACCAUGGUGUAUAAUAAAUCUCUUGAAAUUAUUUGUCCUAUUCGACUGUAAUUAUGUAUUAUUUGACAGACAUUCUUUCAACCCUCCAUUCUAAAUACCUUGACACGUGGUCCCAGCUACUUGGGGGAGGCUGAGGCAGGAGAAUUGCUUGAACCCAGGAGGUGGAGGUUGCAGUCAGCCAAGAUCACACGACUGCACUCCAGCCUGGUGCCUGGUCAUGGAGAGAGACUCUGUCUCAAACAAACAAACAAACCAAAAUAAUAAAUAGUAUUCCAUUGUGUA